AUGUUUCUAUUCACAUCACAAAAACGGUUCGGCCGGCUGAUUCUCUAUGCGCUGGGGGUGCUCGGGAUCAUCCUCAUUCUAUGGCAGUUGCCCUAUGCUCGGCCCACCGUGCGGAUAGGAGCUAGAAGCGCCCGGUCUCAGCUCGAGGAUAUCAGGAACGAGACUUUGGGGGUCCAGAAAAUAUUCGCGAUCAAUCUGCCUAGCAGGGUUGACAAGCGCGACAACCUUGUCCUUGGCUCUUCAGUCAGUGGGUUUAACAUCGACUGGGUUAACGGCAUUACUCCCGACGAGGUUGACCCCAGGACUUACCCUUAUAACUGGAACUAUGACCACAAACCUACCGAGUAUGGAGCUCGACGGGCUCAUGUGAAUGCCAUGCAACGAAUUGUUCAUGAAAGAUUAGGAAGUGCCAUGAUCAUGGAGGAUGAUGUCGACUGGGACGUAAACCUCAAGACCCAGCUACAAAGUUUUGCUCUCGGCGUACGGGCUCUCCAGGGUGCGGAUAACAAGUUGACCGCUUCACCGUACGGUGACGACUGGGACAUCAUCUGGCUUGGUCACUGUGGAGUGUCAUGUCGAGAAAACGAUCCAUAUUACGUGAGCUCGAAUGAUACAACCGUCCUCCCGCCACAUCACUUCCUGCCCUACUGGCGCGAUCCACCCUCAUUCGGGGUACCAGACUAUAGCCGUCUAACCUGCGCCGUCGACGAUGCAGUUUGCUCGAUUGUCUAUGCUGUGACCUACCGUGGUGCUCAGAAAAUCCUGGCCGCUCUUUCCGUGAACCCGACAGGUCUCGCCGAUAAAAUCGACAUUGGUGCUCAGUUCGACGUAUCGCUCGGUCGCAUGUGCGGCAAUGGCUAUCUCCGGUGCUUUGCAGUCUACCCAUCCUUAACAGGUGGAUAUCAUCCCGCUGGACCCUCCUCGAAGGAAUCUGAUAUCCACGGCGGGAAUGAGGACGUCCAUCCCAUAUCCAGUCACGGGGUUAUGUACAGUACGAUGCUGAACAUCAACCGCAUACUGGCUGGAGAGGAUACGGUUGUUUCCAAUUGGGAUGACGCCCCUGUUCCAGUGAUUAAUCCGGCGAAUGUUUCAAUGACUCGGGGAUCAAUGAUCAUUUCUGCAGAGAACGGCGAGUAUAGCCCUUCAAAUAUCAACCCGUAAUCAGAGGGAAACAUAUGCCGGCAGUUCCGAAAACCUUGCUCAAUAUUGUAUAUAGACUUGCUUUCCUUUAGAAGAUACCUACAAUAAUCACAUUUGAC